ACAUCAUGGCGCCCGACCGCUAUAAUUAUCCCUCGUCUCCGAGGCAGACUUCUCAUUGCACAAGUGGAAGUCCAUGGCACUGCGUGCGAUCUGGAGUAGCCUUUUGCUGGCAGCGCUGUUCACCGCCAGCGCCGACGGCCGCCGUGUGAAAGCGCUCCGCGCGCGCUUUGCGCACUGGCGCCACUCGCCCGCAGGUCAAAUCGCACUGCAACGCGGGUUCCUCGAGAGCAACCACACACUGGAGCGCUACUUUAACGCACGGCUCCGCGCCCGGGCGCUGCGGCGCGCGAAUCCCCACGCAACCUUUGGCCUCACACCGUACGCGCUCUUGACACCAGACGAGUUUCAACACUGGGUCGACCCCAACCGCACGUUCCAUCUCAACGACUCUAGCAUCGUUGACCGCGGGUUUGCGUCGACCAACUGGACGAUUGUCGCUGGCACAACCCCGGACGAGUGGCACAUUGAUAUCGUGCGCGAUGACCCGGUCGUGGCGCCACCGACGUUGCCCGCCGACACAAGUAACGCGUCGACGCCGGUCGAGUGGGCGGUCGACCACACGCGCUGCUACGUGACACCGCCGCGCUUCCAAGGCCGGUGCGGCAACUGCUGGGCGUUCGCAUCGAACGCUGCAAUUGAAGGCGCGUACUGCGCCAAGUUCAACACGACGAUUUCGCUUUCGGACCAGUUUGUCACGACGUGCAGCGACAGCCGCGGCGGCUGCAACGGCGGUACGACAGUUGCCGGCAUCAACUUUGCGCGGUCCGGCGCGUGUGCGCUGGCAGACGCACCGUUCACUCUGGGCAAAACCGGCACCGGUGGAGCAUGCCAGCCCUGCGCCAAGCCGCUCGAGUUGGGGGUCGCAGGCGUCGGUCGCGUCGCCAAGUCGGUCGCCGCCUUCCAGCGCACGCUCGCCACGACGCCGAUUGCCGUGAGCUUGAGCGCGGGCAACCCAGCGUGGCAGUUUUACGUCGGUGGCGUCUUGACAUCCGGGCACAAUGCGAGCGCGCCGUUGGACCACGCCGUGACCAUUGUCGGGUACGGCGUCGCGAACGGCGGCGUGCCUGUCUGGAAGAUCCGCAACUCGUGGGGCACCAAGUGGGGCGAAGGCGGGUACAUGCUGCUCGACGCCUCGACCAAUGGCACCGCCAACGGGCUCUUCCACGUCCUUUCCCAAGGGUUUGUGCCGCUGAUGUAGCCUCGUAUGCAUAUCUGUUCGAAUCCAUCCUGCUUCUUGUUGA